AUGGGGAACGGCUCUGUGAAGCUCAAAGCCUUCAGUCAGGUCAGCAGUUCCGUCAAAUCUCGGAACGGGGGGAAGACGGAUUCGGAUCCCGGGGCCGGACCUCAGGUCCUGCGGGCGAGGAUGGGCGAGCUGGAGGGCGAGAUAAAGAAGAAGGACGAGGAGCUGAACGCCAAAGAGCUCCACAUCAAACGCCUGGAGGAGCAGAUCCUGCAGCAGAGCCAGGCCAUAGCCGAGAUCUCCGACGCGCUCAGGAACAAAUGCCUCCAGCUCAACAAGCUCCAGGACGUCGUGAGGAGUCAGGGAGAGCUCGGCCUCCUGCCCUCGCCCCUCAAGUUCAGCCAGCGCGUCAGCGACCUCCUCAGAGAUACCCUCAACAGGAGGAGAGGGGCCAAAGCGGGCGUGUCGGCAGAACCUUCCUCCAGAACCUACGACUCCAGUUCAAUGCCAAAGUUCUACUUUGAGAGCGUCAGGGUCUGGAAAGAGCCCAGCGUGAAGAAGCUGCUGACGGACGCUCUGAACAAAAACCAGUACAUGAGGCGACUGGAGACGCAACAGAUUAAAGACAUGGUGGAGUGUAUGUUUGAGAGGAGCUAUGAGAAAGGCGAAUACGUCAUCAAACAAGGGGAACCUGGCAACCACCUUUAUGUGCUGGCAGAGGGCAAGCUGGAUGUCUUCCAGAACAACAAGCUGCUCACGUCAAUAGAAGUCUGGACCACGUUCGGCGAAUUAGCCGUUCUGUACAACUGUACCCGCACAGCAUCCGUCAAAGCGGUUAGCAAUGUGAAAACAUGGGCCCUGGACCGAGAGAUCUUUCACAACAUUAUGCGUAUGACCGCGGAGGCCCGCCACGAGCAACACAGGACCUUCCUCAGAAGUGUCUCACUCCUGGCCAGUCUUCCCGAAGACAAGCUCAGUAAGAUUGUCGACUGUUUGGAAGUGGAAUAUUAUAACAAAGGAGACUACAUCAUCACGGAGGGGGAGGAGGGAAGUACUUUCUACAUCAUCUCCAAUGGGAAGGUUAAAGUGACCCAAAGCACAGAGGACCACGAUGAACCCCAAAUCAUUAACACCCUGGUCAAAGGGGACUAUUUUGGGGAGAAGGCCCUCAUCAGCGAUGAUGUCCGGUCUGCUAACAUAAUUGCCGAAGAAGACGGAGUGGAGUGUCUCGUUAUUGACCGGGAAACCUUCAAUCAAACUGUUGGGACUUUUAACGAGCUUCAGAAGUACCUUCAGGGCUACGUGGAGAGCUUGGACCGCGAUGACAAGAAAAGGAACGCAAAAAGAUCAGCGAGUAAGACCCCCAGCCCUCCUCUGUCUCCGAACGCGAUUCAGCUAAAGGGGAAAAAGUCGGUGUUAGCAUCUAAAAUGCCCUUCAGCUGUCUGGAGGUCAUUGCCACGCUGGGAGUGGGUGGCUUCGGCAGGGUGGAACUGGUGAAAGUGAAGAACGAGAACGUGACCUUUGCCAUGAAGUGCAUAAAGAAGAGACACGUGGUGGACAACAGGCAGGAGGAACACAUUCACUCAGAGAGGAGGAUACUAUCCGAGACUUGUUCGCCUUUUAUCGUCAAAAUGUACCGGACGUACAAGGACAGUAAGUUCGUGUACCUGCUCCUGGAGGCCUGUCUCGGCGGCGAGAUCUGGAGUCUUCUGAGGGACAGGGGGAGUUUUGACGAGAACACCACCAAGUUCUGUGUGGGCUGUGUGACUGAAGCGUUUGACUACCUUCACCUGAACGGGAUCAUUUACAGAGACCUAAAACCAGAGAAUCUGAUGUUGGAUUCAGAGGGAUACAUAAAACUGGUGGAUUUCGGCUUCGCUAAGAAGAUCGAGUGCGGUCAGAAGACGUGGACGUUUUGCGGGACGCCGGAGUACGUGGCCCCUGAGAUCAUUCUGAACAAAGGGCACAGCUUCAGCGUGGAUUUCUGGUCUCUAGGAAUCCUGGUCUUUGAACUUUUGACUGGCAGCCCCCCCUUCACUGGCUCAGAUCAGAUGAUGAUCUACACCCUCAUUCUGAAGGGCAUCGAGAAGAUGGAUUUCCCCAAAAAGAUCACAAAACGUCCUGGAGAUUUUAUUCGCAAGCUGUGCAGACAAAAUCCCUCAGAAAGGCUUGGGAACCUAAAGAACGGCAUUACGGAUAUAAAGAAACACAGGUGGUUCAAUGGCUUCAACUGGACAGGCCUGAAAGCCAGGACCUUGAGUUCACCUUUAAAGAGAGAGCUGAAAGGCCCCACAGAUCACAGCUAUUUUGACAGUUAUCCUCCUGAUGAUGAAAUUCCUCCAGAUGAAACCUCUGGUUGGGAUGUCGAAUUCUGA